GAAGCAAUUGCGGUUGGGAGGUCGUUCGCUUCAAUCAAAGGGUACCAUCUUGAUGGGAACAAAGAGAUGAUGGCUAUGGGAUUCAUGAACAUUGCCGGUUCUUUAACUUCUUGCUAUGUUGCGACCGGAUCAUUCUCGAGGACGGCAGUGAACUUCAGCGCGGGGUGCGAGACAACGAUGUCGAACAUAGUGAUGGCGAUAACGGUGAUAGCGGCGUUGGAGUUGAUGACGAGGUUAUUGUAUUACACUCCGACCGCAAUCCUCGCCUCAAUCAUCCUAUCGGCUCUUCCGGGCCUCGUGGACGUCUCCGGAGCUCACCACAUUUGGAAACUCGACAAGCUCGACUUCCUUGUCUGUCUCAGCGCUUUCCUCGGCGUCCUCUUCGCCUCCGUCGAGAUUGGCCUUCUCGUCGCCGUAAUAAUAUCGUUUGCGAAAAUACUGCUGAGCUCUAUAAGACCCGGGGUUGAAGCAUUAGGGAGGUUGCCAAGAACAGAUGUGUUCUGUAACAUAAACCAGUAUCCAAUGGCUUCCAAGACUCCUGGAAUCUUCACUGUUCGCGUUAGCUCUCCUAUGCUUUGCUUUGCCAAUGCCAAUUUCAUUAGGGACAGGUUCCUAUUUAUAACUUUCUUCCUCAUAUCAUAA